ACAUCAUCGAAGGCCCGACUCACAGUUUUGAAGACUGGAUUAGGCAACUGCUCCGGAUAUUUCAUUGCAAUCUUUCACCUUCUCUAGCAAGUUCGACUUUUUCUCUUGCGUGUGGCGAUCUCAUCAGCUCAGGCUAUGGCAAGUCUUCGUAGAGGUAUGUCAGGUAUGUCUAGGGUAGAGAAGCCUAGAGGACGUCAUCAUGGAUUAAGUCAACAGAAGAGGCAAGAGAUUAGGGAAGCAUUUGAACUAUUCGACACUGAUGGAUCAGGCACUAUUGAUGCCAAAGAGUUGAAUGUUGCCAUGAGGGCACUUGGUUUUGAGAUGACAGAAGAACAAAUCAAUCAAAUGAUUGCAGAUGUGGACAAGGAUGGCAGUGGUUCAAUUGAUUUUGAUGAGUUUGUGCACAUGAUGACUGCCAAGAUUGGAGAAAGGGACACUAAGGAAGAGCUCAUGAAGGCGUUUCACAUCAUUGACCUAGAUAACAAUGGAAAGAUCUCUAUCCAAGACAUCAAGAGAGUAGCAAAGGAGCUGGGGGAAGAUUUUACAGACAGGGAAAUUCAUGAGAUGGUUGAGGAAGCAGAUAGAGACCAUGAUGGUGAGGUGAAUGUCGAUGAAUUCAUAAGGAUGAUGAAAAGAACGACAUACGGGUAUUAGACAUUGAGUAACAAACCUCUGCAUGAUGUUUCGAGUUCCCACCUCAUGGAAAAUAACUGGUUCUGCUAUUUGCUAUAGCUGUAGUAUAUAGUUAUGUGCUGAGUUGAAUUUGAUGCAUUGUCGCUGAUUAUGCAAAUUGUGUGUGGUUUGUAAUCUCAUUAAUGCUUUGUGAUCGUAGAUGGUGAUAUUUACUAUAACCGUUGGAAUUUUUUUUAUUUUUUUUUAUCAUCAGUAAAUAACUCAUCAUUGAAAUA